GCCCACAACACAUCUAGUGCUCCUAAAAACCAUUCAUUCACAGGAAACGCGACCGGCGCAAUGGCGGCACCGCUCGCCGCUGGUAUUUUGGUCGGCUGCGGCCUGUUCUACGUCGGACGAAUCGCCCCGAGAGUAGCGCAGCGGGCUUCCGCGGCGAAAACCGCCCACGUGAUUCGCCACGUUCGCCCCUAUCACCAAUACGAAUACGGAUUCCAGCCCGCCAUGUCGGAGCGAGAGGCGUACAUGCUGCUUGGGUUCAAAGAGAACCAAGCCGAGGCUGUAUUUCGCCGGCCUUCUCCCGAGGAGGUGAAGAAACGCUACAGGACCAUGAUGAAGGACUUUCAUAGCGAUGUCAGCGGCACCCCUUACAUUGCCACUAAGCUGAACGAAGCAAAAGAUACCUUACUCAAGUAA